GAUGUUUAAACGUUUAAUAUCAUCAUUUCCUUUAAAAAAUACUAAAUUUCAAUUAAAUUCAUUUAGAAAUUUGAGUUAUUGUGUAGAUCCUACACUUGGACUUACUGAAGAACAAAAAGAAAUUCAAAAAACGGCUAAAGAAUUUGCCAAAAAUGAACUAUUUCCGCAUAUGGAUGAAUUUGAUACUAAAGGCGAAUUACCUCUUCAUGCCUUUGAGAAAGCUGGGGAAUUAGGUUUUGGUGCUAUUUAUUGUAGUGAAGAAUAUAAUGGUGCUGGUCUGGGACGAUAUGAGGCAGCAUUGGCAUUUGAGCAAUUAGCUGGUGGAUGUACAAGCACUGCUGCUUAUAUGGCUGUACAUAAUAUGGUCCCUUGGAUGAUUGACCGUUUUGGAACUGAAGAACAAAAAAGAAAAUAUAUUCCUGAUUUGGCUAGUUUUAAAAAAUUAGCUUCUUAUGGCCUUACUGAACCGGGAAGUGUUAACGGUUCUAAAGCAUUUAUUAGCGGCAGUGGUGUAUCUAGUGUUUAUUUGGUAAUGAUGCGUUUGGCCGAUGGACCACCGGGACCGAAAGGAAUUUUUUCUUUGCUUAUGACACCAGAUAUGCCUGAUGAAAGAAAAUUUGGUUGGUGUACACAACCAACUAGAAUAAUUACUUUUGAGGAUGUUAAGGUGCCAAUAACAAAUAGAGUUGGAGAAUUGGGUCAAGGAUUUACAAUUGCAAUGGAAGGAUUGAAUGGAGGUCGAAUAAAUAUAGCUGCUUGUUCAUUGGGUGCAGCACAAAUGAGUUUAGAUUUGGCUAUUAGUCACACGAAAAUUCGUGAGGCUUUUGGGAAAACAAUUUCUCAGUUUCAAUGGACACAAUUUAAAUUGGCAGAAAUGGCUGUUAAAUUAGUUACAUCAAGAUUGUUAUUGCGAGAAGCUUGUUUGCACGUAGAAAAUGAUACACCAAAUGCAUCUUCCUAUAGUGCAAUGGCAAAAUUGUAUAUAACAGAUGAAGCUUUUAAUGUUGUAAAUCAAGCAGUUCAAAUGUAUGGUGGUUAUGGUAUGCUUAAAGAUUACCCUCUUCAGCAAUAUUUACGUGAUUGUCGUGUCCAUCAAAUAAUUGAAGGAACAAAUGAAAUAAUGCGUCUCGUGGUGGCUCGAAAUCUUUUGAGUAAUGAAAUAUUUAAUGAAAUGUGA